UGGACAUUGACUCCCAUCGUUUAUCAAAGAAAGAUCUUAAAUUUAUCACAACUACAAUAUUGGUUUAUAUUGGAAACCAUAAUCACACUCAGCGCUUUAUUAUAUUGCUGUGAUGGUGACAUCCAUGGUUCUUUUCUUUGAAAUUCAUUCCAUUUAAAUGUCCUAUUUAUAUUGCAGGCUUGAAACGAGACCACCUGAACCCCUGUCCAUCUGUCAUUUAAAAUGGUCAUUAAGAGGAGGACAUUUCACUCACUACAGGACUAGAGAGAGAGGAGCAUGCUGGGAGGGGUUAUUACACACACACAUAGAGAGAGGAGCUUGCUGUGAGGGGUUAUUACAGAGAGAGAGAAAGGGAGAGCGUAGGGGAGGGAUAGUGGGACAGUGAGCUGAGGAGAUACAGAGCAUAUCAAGAGGCAGAGAGAGACCGGUACACGUCGUUCCUUCCCAAGAAAAUGACCAAUUUCGCAGGCACUUGGAAAAUGAGAAGCAGUGAGAAUUUUGAUGAACUACUCAAAGCACUUGGCGUCAAUGCUAUGUUGAGGAAGGUGGCUGGUGCUGCGGCGUCCAAACCUCACGUGGAGAUCAGGCAGAAUGGGGAGCAGUUCUACAUCAAGACCUCCACCACCGUGCGCACCACCGAGAUCAACUUCCUCAUAGGCCAGGAGUUCAAUGAGGAGACGGUAGAUGGCAGGAAGUGCAAGAGCCUGGCCACAUGGGAGACCGAGAGCAAAAUGUACUGCAGGCAGACUCUCCUGGAUGGCAACGGCCCAAGGACCUUCUGGACCAGAGAGCUGAGGGGAGAUGAACUCAUACUGACCUUUGGGGCAGACGACGUGGUUUGCACACGGAUUUACGUACGAGAAAAUAAAUAACGUAGCUACAGGACCGACCAGGACCAUCAUAAUGGGCUCCAUCCCCCUUGGUACAGCUGCAGUAACUCUCCAACACAUCCAUCUUCAGAGACAUAUUCCAUAACAUAGCAUCAUAUAUCAGAUUAAACAGACAUUUACCAUGCUUCAUGUAACUAGACCAAACAUGCAAUUGUAUUUAGACAACAUUGUUUCUCAUGUCAACUGCCACUUUAAUAAAACAAUGUUUCAUCCUUUUUGUAUUUACAGUGUUUUGUCAGUAUUGGCAAUGAGACGAUAUAUCAUUUCAAUAUAUUGUAUUAUUUGGUCAGGGAGUACGAAGUCCAUGCAGCCAAAACACGUCGGUUUAAAAAAAACGUUGUUUCUAUUGAACAUGCCACACUAAUAAAGGCAAUUUAAUUAAUUAUA